UCACAAUCGUCUAAUUUUAACAAUAAAACGAUUGUUAGUUGUUUAGAAUUUGUAAUACGAUAUAUAUUUAUACAUUAUUGCUGGGAUGGCGUCAUUUAAUCGUUAAGACUUGUAUGAACGUAUCAAUUUACUAUGGAAAGGACUAAUGAUAAAUAAUUUAAAAUUAAAUCAAGAAAUCUAAUUUUUUCCCGUGAGCAUUGAUCAUAAAGGAAUUCCACUAUGUCAUCGCAAAAAAAAAUUGAAUUUCUAUUUUCUUGUUCAACAGAAAAGUUCAUCGAGUUGUAUAAAACACACGAUCAAACUUCCAGAGAAAAAUUUUAUUUAAAACUUUCAACUAAAAUCGUGAAUAGUAUUAUCAAAAGUGAUGAUGUCAACAAUUUGAAACAACACCUGAAACUAAUCGACCUCAUCAAAGAUUUUGUCGAUGAAGAGACUUGGGAAAAUUUCAACAAGAUCGUGGAGAAGUCGCUGAAAAAUUUGAAUUAUAUUAUUCUCGCUUGCAAAUAUAAUCGAGAAAAAGUGCUUGAAUAUAUUUUAGAAAAUACUAAUAUUGUUACUGGUAAGAGAGAUUCAAAUAUUUAUAAAUGUUUUCAACUAGAGGAUAGAGAUGACGAAAACCACAAUGCUUUUUACUAUGCUAUUCGUGUUGGUAAUUGUAAAAUUAUUGAAGCGCUUCUUAAUUUUUCAUCAUUGCAAUGUCAAAAAAAUUUAGAUAAAGUUUACGAACUUUUUGCCCAAACAUAUGAAGAAUUUAAAUUAAAAAAUAUUGUGUUAUUGGAUGAAGUAGUUACAUUUGUUGAAAAGAAAUUGAUAGAUUUUAGAUUUUACAAUUCAGAGAAAGUAAAAAAUAUAAAAAUAUCUCAUUCUGACAUAAAAGCAAGAAUAGAAUUAUUGGUUGAAAAUAUUCAUUUACUUACAUCAGAAUAUUCAAUCACAAAUAAAUUGGAUGAAAAAUUUUUUCUCCGUGCUAGGUUUAUUGUUCAGAAUAUAAAUAUUUUAAAAAGACAAAUGAAAUCAACAUAUAGCAAAUUACCUUGGGAAGAAGUAGAGUUUUGUUUGAUUGCGUAUAUAAAUGCCGAGCAACGAUCUGAAAAAACAAAAAUUCGAAUUUUUAAUUUUUUUCUGAGUAAAAAUAAAUUAUUUUAUUAUCUUGAUAUUUUUGCGGAAAAACUUAAUAAUCAGAAGAUGAAUCUUCAUGAAAUUUCUAUUAAUAAAUUAGUAAGUCUUCCAAAAGAUAAACGAGAAGAAAAAAUUUAUGAUAUUAUUAAUGAAAAUUCGGAAUUUAAAGAAUUAUAUGAUCAUUAUCGAUUGUUGAGAGAUACAUAUUCUUUGUCAAUAAUAAUGGAAUAUUUAGAUCUAUCGUUUCUUGUGGACGCUAGUGAAAAAGAAGGUCAAUUAGUGAUAACAAGAACUUUACAAGUAAUUGGAGAAUAUAUAAAAAACACAUGGGAAUCACCGAAAAUGUCAGAAUCUACAAGUCAACUGCUAAUUUCAUCUCUACCUCCGAAUACUCGAGAAAUCAUAAUAGAUUUACGUAAUUCAUUAUCUCACAAUAAUUGUUUAUCACAAAGAUUGAAUAUAGAAAAUACUCGUUCUAAUAAUAUUUCGAAUUUCUUUACUAACAUUCAAAAUGAUACUAAGAUUAUUAAUACCGUUAUCAAAAAUAUUCUUCAUAAAACUCAAUUUCAUCAUACUGUCACAAUUUUGAAAAAUAUUGCUUCAAGUCCAAGUGCAAACGACAUAAAAAAUGUUUUAGAAACUUUCGAUUUUGAGAUUAACUCAUUUUGGUUUAAAGAUAAACUUAAAUUUACAGAAGAGAAUUCUUUAGAAAAAUUAAUCGAAAAAUUAGAAAAUAUUAUAACUAACAAGGGACCCGUCAAAAAUUUAUUUCUUCAAUUAAAACAGGAGUCUAAGAGUCUUUAUUCAUCAACAAAUGAGCUUAAUUAUGAAAUGAAAUUAUUACUAUUAAAAGAGAUGCGUAGACGUAUUAAUGAUAAUAUUGAUGAUAAUAAUACAAGAGAAAUAAAAUAUUUUGCAAACCGAGCUCUGUUAACUUUAGAACCAAAUGUUGAUUUCAAAAUGUGUCAAGAAAUUAUUGUUGCAAUAUUAUUUCAAAUAAUUGGUAGUCUGGACCGAUCAACUAUUUCAUCUGGAGACUUUGACCGUUUGACGCAAAUUAUAAAUACAAUUUUCACUCAAAUAGGAUUUGGAGUAUACAAUAUGAAGUGGCUAGAAGAAUUAAGAGAUAAUCUCUAUAAAAACAACUACUCAUCCCAUCAAAAUCACAAAAAUCAUUUAGAUGUUUCUAAAGAGAAUAAAAAUUCAUCCAAUAAAACAACAGUGAAACACGAAUACACGGUGAAAUUGUCUACUUUAAAAAGUAUAAUUGAAAGUAAUCAAUUAUAUAAGGACCUCUCUGCUUAUCAGAAAAACAAAAAACUACAAGCAGUUAUUGAAAUGCUACUGUUGGACAUAAUGUCGAUUUUAGAUAGUUCUAAAAAUAUAUUGGUUGACAAUCACUUAUUGCUUGACAAGCCAUCACCAUUAUUGAUUGGUAAAAAUUUGCGUAAUCAUUUAGCGCAUGGAAACACCUUAGUUGAUAUUUCAUUAUUUGAUUCUUCGAUUGCAAUUUUUCUAAAUGCUGCAAAACUUACUACAGAAAAUCUUAUUGAGAGCAAUAAAACAGUAGGUAGAAUGAUUGAAAGUAAUUUAACAGAAUUAAAAACUAAAUAUGAUCUUGAUUUAACAACUAUUAUUAAUCAAGAAGCGAUGUUUGAGUCAUUGGAACGUGGCGAUUUCGAUGCUUUGAAAGAUACUUUAGCCAAAGGAGCCGACAUUCAUUCAAGAAACUAUCGCUUAUUAACUGCUCUUCAUUUUGCUGUUAAAGGAUCUAAUUGUGAAACAAUAAAAUUUAUUCUUGAUCAAAAAGUAAAUGUUGAUGUUAAAGAUUUUGAUGGCCAAAGUCCGCUGCACGUAGCAGCUGAACAUGGGCGGACAGACGUUGUUAAAAUUUUUGUAGCAAAAAAAAUUUUAACUCCUGAUCUUGUCAAUAAUUAUGGAGAUACGCCAUUACACAUAGCGGCUCAGCGAGGUCACCGAGAAAUAGUUGAAAUUUUGCUACAAAAUAAUAGCAACGCUAAAAUUUUGAACUAUUCUGGUUAUAUGCCGCUCCAUUGCGCUGCAUUGAAUGGUCAUAAAGAUGUUGUUGACGUUUUGUUGAAAAAAGAAAAAGGUGUAGAUUAUAGCAAAUCAUUCGAUGGUAUGACAAUACUUCACUUAGCAGCAAAACAUGGUCAUACGGAUCUUGUUAAAUAUUUGAUUACUCUUAAAGCAAAUGUAAAUACUAAAACGGGAAGAAAUGAGGUACCUUUACAUGAGGCAUCUCUCAAUGGUCAUUUGGAAGUUGUGAAAAUUUUAAUUGCUAACAAAGCUGAUAUCAACAUUGCUAAUGUUGAUGGUCUUACACCUUUGCAUAAUGCUGUUGAAACUAAUCGUGAAGAAAUAACUGAAGUUUUACUCAAACAUGGUGCUGCAGUAAACGCUGUUUAUGAUCCUGAUAAUUAUGCAGCUAUAAAUCAUGCAGCUAAGUCUGGUCAUAUAAAUAUUCUAAAAAUUUUGUUAAAACAUAAUGCAGAUGUCAAUGUUUUUACUAACAGAAAAAUGACACCAUUGCAUUUUGCUGCUUUGCAUAGUUGCGUAGAAGUAGUGGAUUUUUUGAUAAAAAAUAAAGCUCGGCUUAAUGUUAAGGAUAUUAAUGGACUUACUCCCCUUCAUUUUGCUUGUAUAAAAGGAAAAGAUCAAAUUGUAAAAUUAUUAUUAAAUAGUGGCGCAUCACUUGAUGUUAAAGAUCAGGAACAUCAAACACCGUUACAUUUAGCAGCGAUUUAUGGUCAAAUUGAAGUUACAAAAGUUUUGAUAGAAGAAGGCGCUAAUUGUUAUGCAAAAGAUAUUAACCAUGACACUGCAUUGUCUCUAAGCUCGGUACAUGGACAUACAGAUGUGGUAAAACUUUUAAUUGAUAAGAACAUUCAAAUAGAUGCCAAAAACUCACAUGGUAUGACUUCAUUGUAUCAAGCAGCUAGUUGUGGACAUGAGAAAAUAGUUAAAAUAUUAAAAGAAGCUGGUGCCAAUAUUAAUAGUACAGACUCACAGGGAAAUUCUGUAUUACAUGUUAGUGCUUUUAGAGGUCACACCAAAGUAGUGGAAUAUUUAAUUAAUGCUAAUAUUGAAACUAAUACCACAGAUGUAAAUGGUAUGACACCGCUUCAUAUUGCAACUCAAGCAAACUGUUACGAGAUAGUAGAAAUAUUACUAAAAAAGUGUCCAUCAGUUAACAUUAAAGAUAAGCAAGGCCGUACUUCAUUAAUGAUUGCGAGCAGAUUUAAUCAUGUAAAAAUAGUUAAACUUUUGAUUAAACAUGGAGCGAAUGUAAAAGCAGGGUCUAUUGAACCAAUCGUAAUAGCAACUGUCAGUGGAAAUAAAAGUAUCGUAGAUAUACUUCUAAAUCAUGAAAAUAUCAACGUUAACGGCUUAAUACCAGACCGAACAAUUAAUUUAUUGCACUUAGCUAUUGAAUCCAAUCACAAUCACAUAGUUGAAACUUUAAUUGCUCAUAAAGCGAAUGUUAAUGCUAAAAGUCUUAAUGGGCCGCCAAUUAUUUUGGCUGCGGAAAAAGGUUACGCAGACAUAGUCGAUACUCUAUUGAAAAAUAAUGCAGACCCAGACAUUAAAGAUGAUGACAAUAGAUCAGCUAUAGAAUUUGCAGUUGCAAAAGGACAUCUUGAAGUGGUUAAAAUAUUAUUUGGAUACACAAAAAUGAAAAUCAAUAAUAAAGGAAUAGAUAAUUUCACAAUGCUGCAUAUCGCAAGUCAAGAGGGGUAUUUAGAUAUUGUGAAAUAUUUAGUUGAAAAAGGUGCGGAUGUUCAUGCUACAAAUAAGUCCGGUUCAAAACCUAUCCAUAUUGCAGCCAGAGAAGGUCACGUCAGUAUUGUAGAGUUUUUUUUUAGUAUUAAAAUGAGUAAUAAUACCUUGGGACAUCAAGGUCAAACACUUUUGCAUUAUGCAGUGGUAGCACCUAAAAAAGAAAUUGUCGAAUAUUUGAUUAACCAGAAAAUGGAUGUCAAUGUUGGUGAUGCUAAAGGAUUAACGCCAAUUUACUACGCUGUUAAGUGUGGAAAACAAGAAAUUAUUGAACUUUUGUUAAAUAAUGGAGCUGCUUUUGAUUGUUUACUUUUGAGAGUUCAUGAGGUGUUUGCUUAUCCACCUAUACUUAAAAUGUUGAAUGCUAUUAAUACUUUAUUUGAUGCAUCGAUUUACAACCAUCCCGAUAAAUGUAAAGAGUUAAUCAGUCAAGGAGUAAUAGUUAAUGUGAUAAAUAAAGAAUAUUUUAGUCCAUUGCACUAUGCAUCUCGGAAUGGUUAUUCAGAAAUAGUUAAUACCUUGUUGAAGAACAACGCAAAUGCCAACAUUGCUAGUGCAAAGGGAAGUACUCCGCUUCACUUUGCUGCUAAAUUUGAACAGCUUGAAAUAGUGAAAAUAUUAUUAUCCAAUGGCGCUAUUUUUGAUGCUAGAACUAAGAAAAAUAAUAGACCAGUAGAUCUUAUCAAGAAUCAGGAUAUUGUAAAAGUUUUUAAAUUAAUCGAAAAAUUAUUUAUGCUAGUGGAAACUCAUGACACUAGUUUGGUUAAAGAAUUAAGAAAAAUUGAAACUUCCGAUCUCAAAAUGAUAAUGAAUGCUCGCAAUAAACAAAAUGAAACCUUGAUAGUCGCUGCAACAAACAGAAAUUUUCCUCAAAUAAUAGAUCUAAAAUUUGGAUUUCAAAAAAAUGAUUUUUCACGGAAAAUUUUGAAAGCUAAUAAAUUAUCUGAACAAGGAAAGCAUUCAGAAGCUUUGAUUAUUUUUGAAGAAAUAUUUGAUACACAAAAAACAAUUUUAGGAUCAGAUAAUCCUGGGACUUUGGAUAUUCAACUGCUAAUGGCUCAAUCACAUUGUUCUCAGAAUAACUAUGAAAAAGCAUUAAUAGUUUAUCAAGAAGUUUACAAUAAACAGAUUAAAAUUUUAGGAUUUAAUAAUAAGGAUAUAUUAAAAACACGAAGUAUGAUGGGAUUAGUUUUAUAUAGACUUGGUAGAAAUGAAGAAGCUAUUAAAAUUUAUGAAGAUACAUUGAAAAAGCAAAAAGCAAUACUAGAUCCGGAUGACGAUAACUUACUUUACACUCAAUCUCAUAUAGCUUUAGUGUUAAUGGGCUUAACGAGAUUUGAUGAAGCUUUGAAAAUGAACUAUGAAGUUUUGGAAAAAUACAAAACUAAGUUUGGUAGCAAUGAUCCUACCGUGUUAAGGGCCCUGAAUAAUAUUGCGAUGGUAUUAACUCACCAGGGAAAAUAUGAACAAGCUUUGAAAAUUUAUCAAGAUGUUUAUGAAUCUAGAAAAAAAAUUUUAAGACCGAAUCAUUCCGAUACUUUGAGAGCUUUAUUUAAUAAAGUUGAAGUUUUUGGUUUGCAAAAAAAUUAUGAGCAGGCGGUCACUUUAUGUGAAAAAAUACUAAAAAUUCAAAACAAAGUAUUAGGGCCUGACCACUUAGACACUUUGAAUAGUCAAUGUAAAUUAGGACAUUUAUUUUUUGAUCAACAUAAAUUUAUCGAUGCUUUGAAGAUUUAUGAAAAUGUUUAUGGAUGCAUGAAAAAAGUUUUAGGAUCAAAUCAUCCUAAUGUUUUUGAUGUGUCUAAAAGAAUUCAAAUAAUAACUUUAGUUUUAAAGUCUGGCGGUGACUUGAAUUUAUUGAGAAGUAUUCAGAAGAAUAAAGCUUUCUAAAUCAGCUAAUGACAAACGUUUGAUAAAAAAUUUAUUACAAAACAGCAUGGAUAUAAUAUCAACGAAUUUCAAGUGAAUUGGAGGCAGUUAUAAAUUAAUACUUUUUUAAUAAGAGAUAAAUAUUCUUUUUAUUCAUUAUACUUACUCAGGUUUUAAAUAAUAUAAGGUUUCUUUUAUUCAUAUGUUCUAUGUUUAUUAUUUUUUUAUGUAUCA